UUAUAUUUUUCCCUUAACUUUUUCGGCAAGCCUGCAUAUAGAUAAAAAAAUAUUGAAUCGUGACGUGGUAAUUUAGUUUCAUUUCAACAAUUAAAAUUAAUUUUAAAUAAUAAAAUAAAAUUUAUAUAAUAAUUUUGAUAAACAAGUUAUAUAAGAUUCUACAGAAAAAUAUUUAAAAAUAUAAAUUAAAAAAAAAAAUUUUUUAUAACUUUUAUAUUAAAAGAUGCCAUUUGCAGAAAAAGUUGUAUUAAUAACUGGAGCUAGCUCUGGCAUUGGAGCAGCAACUGCUAUACAUUUUUCACAACUUAAUGCAUUAUUAUCAAUAACAGGUCGUAAUGUACAAAAAUUAAAUGAAAUAGCUGAUCAAUGUAAAUCUAAUAAACCAUUAAUUAUACCUGGAGAUUUGACUAAUGAAACUGAUGUUCAAAAUAUUAUUAAAUCUACUAUUAAACAUUAUGGUAAAUUAGAUAUUCUAAUUAAUAAUGCUGGUAUAUUAGAAAAUGGCAGCAUAGAAAAUACUUCAUUAGAACAAUAUGAUAGAAUUUUUAAUGUAAAUGUACGUUCAAUAUAUUAUUUAACAAUGUUGGCUGUUCCAUACAUAAUACAAACUAAAGGUAAUAUUGUGAAUGUAUCAAGUGUAGUUGGAUUAAGAUCCUUUCCAGGAGUUUUAUCAUAUUGUAUGAGUAAAUCAGCAAUUGAUCAAUUUACACGAUGUGUGGCUGUUGAACUUGCACCAAAACAAGUAAGAGUUAAUGCUGUAAAUCCUGGUGUAAUAACAACAAAUCUUCAUAGAAAUAGUGGAAUGUCAGAUGAAGAAUUAAAAAACUUCUAUGAGCAUUGUAAAAAUACUCAUGCUCUUGGUCGAUCAGGAGAUGUUAAUGAAGUUGCAAAAGCAAUUGCAUAUUUGGCAAGUGAUGAUGCUAGUUUUAUUACAGGUGUAACUUUAUCUAUUGAUGGAGGAAGACAUGUUAUGUGCCCUCGUUAAAUUGUAUUUUAUGCAAAAAAUAAUAAUUUUGUUUGUAAUUUUAAAUUCAUUAAAAUAUUUUUCAUAUCUAUAA